AUGGUCUUCUGGAAGACAGCAGCACAACCUGCGCCUGCCGCAUCCGGAGCGGCAAGCGCCGCUCUCGACCACAGCGAAGAACUUCUCGCGGAGGUUGACGAGCCUCCAGACGAUCGCAAGAACAGCGCUAUAUGGUCGCCGCCUAAAUUGACCGAGGCUCAUAUGAAGUCCGCAAAGCAACUGGCAUAUUCACGCCGCGAGUCCCUGUUGACGCGACAACUGCAUUCCGAGACGGAACAUAGCGAUGAAGACCACUCGCCUCAGCCACCGCGUGCGCUGAGCACACAGUCAAUCUGGAGCACGACGUCGACUGCCGAGCUGACGAGCGAUGACGGCAAGAGCAUGCCGAGUCCGGCCAUUAGUCCUCCCCUGCCACCGACCGAGGUAUACAAUGCGCUGCCUGUCAAUGAGAAGCCGCUGGACAAGAAGGUCACAGUCGUAGGCGAGGAAGGGAAAGAAGUCAGGACGGAGCAGUCGGUCGAGGCCACGCUGGGUCGCAAGCGGUGCAUCAUGUUUGCUUGUCGCGGCAAGGAUGAAGCGAAGCCGAAGCCACCAUCUCCCACCACAGCGCCGGCGCCGGCCCCAGCAUCAGUGCUCGUGCCUCUCGCCGACGCACCGCCGAAGCGCAAGUGUGCUAUCAAGUUUGCCUGUCCGACUCGCACCGCAUCCGACACUAAGCCCACGGAGCCCACGCCGGCAAAGCGUACUGUCAGCCCACCUCCACCGCAGCGAAAGGCAUCAUCACACAGGACUGAGCUCGCCAAGGUCCACCGUGGCUCCGACAGUACCGUCACGCAUGGGUCACCGAGGUCUGCGCGGAGAAGUCCAGCAAUUACCACCACCGUGCCCACGCCGACGACUGCCGAAGGUGCAAAGCCGCCAACAAUGCGGACAGUAUCGCAUGACUCGGAUGAGGCUGGCAGGGAGGCGACGCGCUUCCACGAGUUUGCUAGCAGCGAAGAUGAGCCGGAAGAGUGGGUGCAGGAGUCGACAUGCCACCGUAGCCGCUUGACGAUCGAUGACACGCUCAAGAAGGAGAGUGUGAUUCGCAAGGCCUGCGAGGAGGUUGAGGAGGAGGUUUUGGAGGAGGACGAAGAGGCGGAGCAAGAAGGCGAAGAUGGAGACGAAGCAGACUUGGGAGUCGACGACGAAGACGCGGAGUCCGAUCAUUCCGACGCCGGCUUUCACUCUGACGAUGAAGAUGGCUUUGCUGCUUCGGACUCGGAAGGCGAGGGCAGCGACUACGAGUGGUGGAAGCCUGGAGGCUCCACAGCCGCCACAUCCAUUGAGCACCUUGACCGUCUCAGCGCGCAAGCGAGACCGGUGCACGAUGAGUCGGCCUCCUCGAUGAACUCGCUCAGCUCCGGGCAGAUGUCACCGCGUAUGCGCAAGCACAAAAGGGGAAAGGGCGUUCGUGGACAUGCCAGAUCUCAAGCCAUCCCCAUCCACCGGACGUCAUUGGAUGUGGAAGACGCGAACGAACUUCCCGACUCCACCGAUUUCGUCUGCGGCACGCUCGACGAAGACCGUCCGCUGGAGCAAGCCUACCUCAACCGUGUCAAGGAGAAGGAGGCUGCCAAGCACAAGGCUCGGCCACAAGAUAUCGACCCUACCUUCCCCACUUCCGACCCGGAGAUGGACGAAGAGGAUGACGAGGACCUCGAGGAUCCGGAAGAGAGCGCGGAGGAGGAGAACAUGAUGCAUGGCGAGAUGGACGAACUCGACGAAAGCAACACGCUCCGUCGCCGUUCCCCGCUCCGCCAGAAGAGAGGUCGAAGCGGCACCAACCGCUCCCCGCCGCCACCGGUCAAGUAUCACUCACCGCCCCCGCCCACCAAGCGGCCGAGUAGAAUGCACUCCCCGCCUCCACCCCUCGUCAAGCGCAACACCGCUCGCUCCCCACCACCCCGCAAACUCUUCGGCCAAUCUCCCAAACGCGCCCGCUCUCCCGCGCCCAUCAACCGCACCACAUCGCCUCCCAACAGCCGCCGCCCCUCACCAACCCGACCCAUGCCCCUCAGCAAAUUCCCCGGCGUCCUAGCCGCCCGCCCACAAUUAACCCGCACCGCCUCUCUCCCCCGCGGCGGCGGCUUCCUCCUGAGCCGGUUGGGACAGAAACAAUUCCAUACCGGUGAAGCGGACGCCGACUCCGACUCAAACCCGCGUUCCCAGGCCGUCUCCAACGACGACGACACCAAUCAAGCUCUCCCCCGCCGCGGCGCAAUCGACAUUGUCAAAGGCUUAGAAAAGAAACGCCAGCGCCGCAAGGAGAAAAUGUGGCAGAAACUCUGCGCCAAGAAGGGGGAGAAGGGUGAGAAGGUGUAUAAGGUCAAGCCGGGCAAAGGGUGUGAGAAGAUGAGGGAGGUGGGAUUGGAGUUGCAGCGGUAUAGGGGUGGUACUGGGACGGGGACGGGGACGGGCGGGCAUAUUCUGUCUUACUGAUCUAUUUAUCCCUCGGUCCAUUGGUUGAUGGGGUGAUGGGUCUGCGAAGAAUAUCUGAUUCGUAUGUUUUGAGGAACGGCUGAGUGGGAGCAACGGCGCCGCUGUGGCAAACACCACCACGGCACUUUCACGAGCUUUCCCUCUUUCUGCUAUGGAGGGUCUAUGGUCCAACAUGGGAAAAGGAGGGCUCGUCUGGUCGCUGUUGCUCUUUGCUGCUCGCUGAUCCUACUUUCUUUUGGGUUGGGAUGAUUGAUUGAUUGAUUGAUUGAUACAUUGACGGCGUCAAGGGCGGAUUGUAUAUAUCGGUUUUAGCGUUCUAGCAUUGGCGGCAGGGUUCGGUGGUUGAAUUAGUGAGAUACCUGGGUUUUGAAUGCGAGAGCUUUGUACAGACUUGCCU